GUUUUCCCUUCACCGUCUGAUGGACGUACUUGCUAUCCAAGAAGGUGGUGGGUGGGUGGGUGGAGAGCUGGAGCGCGGGUAGAGCUCCGCCGUUAGUGGGACAUGAGCUUGAGGGCAGUUCCCACUUUGUUUAUUUGCUUGCAUUGUGCUUUUUUUGUUUAUUUAUUUUUUCUCUGCACGCAUAUACAUACAUAUACAUAUGUAGGUAGGUAUGCACACUGUACCAGCACACAGAGUCGAAGCAAACAAAGGAUCGAACGUGAUUGACAGGCCGAUUGAUUCGUCGUGCUUAGCUCCGUGUCGGGAGCUGCAACCCGGUACUGCU